CUUUAGUUUACACUUUGCUCUCACAAACCACAUUAUUAUUUCACAUUGACCCACCAUCCCAAAAUCUCUCUCCAUUAGCUCCCUUUCACUUUGACCCAUCAUUUCCACCUCUCCCUCGAGAAUUUUAGUAAUCCCAUUAAAUACUUAUGGCAUCUCUCUCUAAAUUUGUAUAUUAUUGUCCCAUUUCUCUCUCUAAAACAGUGUUAAUUUCAGCUUUUCUUAAAGAUUUUGUCAUCUAGCUUUCUUUAAAUCCACACCCACAUCCUCAUUUCUCUCAACCGAGAGCCAAAAAAGAAAGUAAUUUUUUUAAUUUGUUGUUGCAGUUGCAGUUUUUCUUUGUCCCCUUUGGAGCUGCUGGUUAAAGUUUCUUACUUUCUUUCUUUCUGAACUUUGAACAAAAAUCCCAACAAUGGAGAAAGCCCUUCACUAUCUUCUUCCUCUUCAGCUGCAGCUUCUGUUUGUCUUCCUUUUGCUUCGAAAACGGUGUCGUUCCUUGUCUCCUUUGUAACUCUCAUAACCCUGUUUUUGUUUCUUCUUUCUUCUACCACAUUUGCCUCAAUCUCUUGGAUCCACAUUUCUACUUCUACUUUCAGAGGAAGGGAAUUAUUAAUCUGUCCAGAUGGAGCAAUAUGAAAUAUUGGAGCAAAUAGGAAAGGGAUCCUUUGGUUCUGCUCUUCUUGUGAGACAUAAGCAUGAAAAGAAGAAGUAUGUGUUGAAAAAGAUUCGCCUCGCUCGUCAGACCGAUAGGUCCCGUAGAUCUGCACACCAAGAGAUGGAGCUCAUUUCUAAACUACGAAAUCCAUUUAUUGUGGAGUAUAAAGAUUCAUGGGUCGAGAAGGGCUGCUAUGUGUGCAUUAUUAUAGGUUAUUGCGAAGGAGGGGACAUGGCUGAAGCGAUAAAAAAAGCUAACAGCAUUCAUUUCCCCGAAGAGAAACUCUGCAAGUGGUUAGUUCAACUUCUGAUGGCACUCGAUUACUUGCACAUGAAUCAUAUCCUUCACCGGGAUGUUAAGUGUUCAAAUAUAUUUUUGACUAAAGAUCGAGAUAUACGCCUUGGCGACUUUGGACUAGCCAAAAUGUUGACGUCAGACGAUCUUGCCUCCUCGGUCGUAGGAACUCCGAGCUAUAUGUGUCCAGAACUUCUUGCUGAUAUACCUUAUGGUUCGAAGUCGGAUAUUUGGUCUUUAGGAUGCUGUAUAUAUGAGAUGACUGCUCUAAAACCUGCAUUUAAAGCAUUUGAUAUGCAAGCUCUUAUCAAUAAAAUUAAUAAGUCAAUAGUGGCCCCUCUUCCAACAAAAUACUCUGGUGCAUUUCGAGGUCUCGUCAAAAGCAUGCUACGGAAAAACCCGGAACUUCGGCCAAGUGCCGGGGAGCUACUUGGUCAUCCUCAUUUGCAGCCUUAUAUUGUUCAGAUUCAUCUCAAACUGAAUUCUCCGAGACGCAACACAUUACCAGCACUCUGGUCCGAACCCAAUUAUAUGAAGAAGACGAGGUUCUCCGAGCCAUUGCCCUUUAAGCGACAUUCUUUAAGCAAUGAUCGAGCUAUAAAUCCUAGUGUUUCUGUAAUCGAGUAUGAUUCUCUCAGCUCAACACAGGAUAUUCAUGAUACACAAAACUAUCCAAGUCGCAAAACAUCCACCGGUGGCACUCGGGGCGGAGUAGCGAUUCACAAGACGCCUUCCAAGUCUGCAACUAAUUCUAAAACUUCACGGCUUCUACCGAAAGCUUACGCCACUCCGAAAAAAUGGGCUGAACCAUUGAAAAGCACUAAAAAAGUGCUCCCUGUUUCAUCUACUCCCAGUAAAUCUCAUGUCCGUCGAGCAUCGUUCCCAUUGCAUACAAAAGCUACUACUGAUCAAAGCCCUUGCAGACCGACUGUCGGUAUUCUUCACCAUAUCAAGUCCCCAGAUGUCUCGGUGAAUUCUCCGCGAAUUGACAGGAUUGCUGAAUUCCCUUUAGCAUCAUAUGAUGAUACCUUUCUUCCUGUUCGCCGCGCUUCUCUGCCAUCCAUGCAUGGAUCAACCGGCUCCCUGCAGCACAUUGAUUGUUCUAUAACUAAAGACAAAUGUACAAUCCAAGUUUGUGACAAGGUUUGUUCAACUCCUGGUUACACUGGCGCAUGGCAGGGAAUACAAUGCAGCUUAUUCCAAGAUGACCAAGUGGCAAGAAGUGAUUCCUCAGAUCAGAAUGCAACUGCUGGGGCAUCAAGCCAUACCUCAUCAGACCUACGACGACGCCAUUUUGAUACUUCAUCGUUACAACAGAGAGCCGAGGCUUUGGAAGGUCUGCUUGAGUUUAGUGCGAGAUUGCUGCAGCAAGAGAGGUAUGAAGAGCUUGGGGUGUUGCUGAAGCCAUUUGGACCUGAGAAAGUCUCCCCAAGGGAAACUGCUAUCUGGUUGAGUAAAAGCUUCAAAGAAAACACUCUCAAGCAGGAAACAUGAACCACUCUCGGAUGUACGUAACAUAACUGCUAGAACUUUUAAGUGUAUGAUCUAGAGUCACCUCAUUCUCUCAAGGUAUAUUUGACACUUAGGCAGAUGCUGAGAAGGAGAAAUAUAUCCUUUCGUUGUAGAUUAUAAUUCUUUUAGACGUAGUGAUUAGCGGUUAUUUGUCAUCCUUAGUUUUAACUCAUCAGUAGUAGGUGAUAUGCUACAUUUCUGUUGUAGGAAUGUAAAUUUACAACAGUUUAGAUGGCUAAGAUGGUCUCAGUUUUAGUGGCUGUUCUUUAGUUGGAGUACAAAUGAACUUCUAAUGGAGUACAAAUUAGGACUCUGUUUUGGGAAUUAAGAGUUCAGAAACA